GCUGAGUAACAGGAGGAGAAGAGUCUGGUGGAGCAGCAGAGGAACAAUUUCAGCCAUUUGGACUCAGCUCAGCCACUACAGAGGAAACAAUGACUUCAACACAAAAGGACCAACAUGGAGCGAGAAGUCAGCGCUCUCCGGAGGCCGACAAACCUCACAGAAGAAAGGGAGAGAAAAAAUACAACUGUGAGGAGUGUGGGAAGGAUUUUACUGGGGCUGGACACUUAAAAACACACCAACGUAUUCAUAGUGGAGUUAGACCGUACAUCUGUGACGUGUGUGGAAAAUCUUUUACUCAGGCUGGAAGUUUAAAAACACACAAACUCAUCCACAGUGGAAUUAAAGCAUACAGCUGUGAGCUGUGUGGAAAGUCUUUUUCCCAACCUCAAGGCUUAAAAUCACAUCAGCUCAUCCACAGUGGAAUUAAAGCAUACAGCUGUGAGCUGUGUGGAAAGUCUUAUAAGACGGUUGGACACUUAAACAGACACCAAGUCAUCCACAGUGGAUUUAAACCAUACAGCUGUGAUCAGUGUGGCAAAACUUUUGCUCGCAGUAAGAACUUACAACUUCAUCAAGUUACCCACACUGGAAUUAAGGCGUACAGCUGUGACAUUUGUGGAAAAACCUUUAGGUGGCUGCUCAGUCGAAAUAAUCACCUAUGCAUUCACACCAAAAAUGAUGUUUACUGCUGUGAUCAGUGUGGCAAAGUGUUUGUGGUAUACAAAGAAUUAAAGCAGCACAUGUUUACCCACACUGAGGAGAGACCUUAUAAAUGUGACCUGUGUGAAAAGGCUUUUAAAGAGCCACGUUCCCUGAAAGCACAUCAACAGAUCCACACCAGAAAGAAACUCUACAAGUGCAGUUACUGUGAGAAGCAGAGCGACACAGAUGGAUCCAGUUCUCAACCCUGUCAUCACUGUGGUGGUGGGAAAGGGUUUCACUGUGACCUUUGUGGAAAAACUUUCAGUCAGCAGUGGUGCCUAACAUUACAUCAACGUAGACACACUGGAGAUAAAAUGAACUACUGCAAAGAAUGUGGUAGAGGCUUCCCCACACCAAGUACAUUAAAAAUACAUGAGCUUAUUCACAGUGGGGUUAAAAAGCACAUCUGUGACCAGUGUGGGUCAUCCUUCACCACUGCAGGUCAUCUCAAACAGCAUAAACGCGUGCACACAGGAGAGAAACCAUACAAGUGUAGACACUGUGACAGAAGCUUCUCACAAUCAAGUAAUCGUAACCUUCAUGAACGUAGACACAUGGAAGAGAACAUCAGCUGUGACCAGUGUGACAAGACCUUCAAGAGUCUCAGUUCAUACUCCGAACACAAACAAUCCCACACUGUAAAUACAGUUUUACAGUUACCAAUGUGCACAAGCAUUCACUUCAUUAUUUGCUCUGUGCAAACAUCAACAUCAAGCGAACCUGAAGUCACUGGAUCACAAUGAAUCUGAAGAGGAAGAAAGAUCCUCUUCUGGUUUCGGGGUCAGACUUAAAAACCUUGAGAUCAGGCGCCACAGAGUUCAGAUGGACUCUCCUGUAAAGAGUAUCAGCUGAUGUCACACUUGGAUCUGAUGAGGUAGCUCUGAUUUCUGGAUUUACAGUGAAUAAUCCUGAAUGGUACAUUGAGGAAGAUAGAAGUAUGGAUAUCUACAUCAAAUUCUUGUUUUUCUUUGGUUACCUUUGAUAUUCAUUUUGAAAUGGAAUAUCAGUGUUUUUUCAUGUAUUUAGUUUUACUUUAGUGUAUUUCCUGUCCUGUUGAUCCACAUGUUCUGCAGCUGUUUUCUGUUUAUUUGUCGUUUGUGUUGUGAAAUCCUGAUACUACUAAAGAUUUAGUUAGUUUUGAUUAACUCUAAAGUUUGUUUUAUUAAACACUUAUUAAA